CAUGGCGGCCGCGGACCCAGCUCCCUGUCCCUGCCUGCCCGGUCCAGGGGCACUGGCCCCCAUACCGCAGGCGCAAGCCUCUCGGAGGCCACAGCUCAGUUCAUGGAGGCCCCUCCUGUUUGCUCUCUCGUCAGGGCACAGGCAGGUCACAUGGGGGCUUGUAGGACGUCCUGUGUGCUGGGCUGGCGGGGGGGCUCCUGGCCCCCACGGCUGUGGUCCAGGGGUCCAUUCUGGCUGUGGGCACUGGUCCCUCCACCGCUGCAUGUGGUCCUGCCCAGGUACCCCCUGCUCCUGGCAUCGGGGCUGCCAGACAUGCCUCCGACAGGAGUGCAUAGUGGGGAGCUGCUCUGCCACAUGUCCUGCCCCCCAAAUCAGGGCACAUGGACAUGGGAGGAGGUGCAAGUCCUGCUGUCCUCAGAGGCCUAUGGCCCUCUCCCCCACCUCGACCCCCAGCUUUAGGCAGUUGUCAUCCCUGCCCCCCACUCCCUGGGACCCCACCCAGGUCCGAGCUCCUCCAGACUUUCCUGUCCCUGCUGCCCACUCACAUGUUUGUGGGGGGCUGGGACCGUGUCUCCCCGUGAAUGAAUUAACGAGAGGGCACUUGGGUCAGAGCGACCUCAUCCACUCGUCCGUGGACACAGCAAAUGCCUGUCACGGUGUCCUCUGCCCCUUGUCGGCCACAAAAACACUGGUGCCUGGAGCGCCACCUGUCAGAUGGGACACUUGCCCCGUCUCCCACUCACGGCGACGCAGCAGCUAUCCUGUAAACGCUGCUGGGACCGCCCCACUCCUCCUGUGGCUUUUCAGUCCUUGGUGUGUCAGAGCUGCUGCCUCCCGAGUCCUGGGUGCAUCUGUGGCCAUGUCACCUGUGACCCAGCCUAGCAGCAGGGACGUCCUGCAGGGGUGUGUUUGGCGGGGAGAUCAGACUGGAGAUCUCGCCCCGUCCCACCAAACUCCCUCCCCUCCUGCCCAAGGGCCCAUGAGUCCCUCCCUUGGUUCCAGAGCCAACGCCCUGUGUGCUAUGCCCGUGGCCUUGGGUGCAGCCGAGGGCACAGCUGGGGCUGCUGAGCCGCGGCCCCCACCAAGCACAGUGGAACCUUCCUCUAGAGUUCCCAAACCAGCCCCAGCACCGGAGGCUUCCAUAUGUCUCUCGGGCUGGUGAGUCCAACCUUUAACUGCGACCCCAGGACACGGUUACAGCUGUUUUGUCCCAUAACUGGGGGAGGGUCUGGUAACCUGGAAGUAAUUUGAAUCAAGGUUGAAGUUACCAUGAAAGCUAUGAAUGUUCACUUGGCGGAAGCCGUGACUCGGUUAUCUCCGGGGGGGGGGGGGGGGGGGGGGGCCUAGGCCUCUGUGCUCUGUGCCCCGGCGGUUUUACUGAUGUUAUAGGAAGAGUAUAUUUUUGUGUGUGUCCUGGGGACUGGGUGGGUCAGCGCUGGGGCCGGGAGGCAAAUGCAGUCUGGUGUGUGCUCCUGGUGCAGCCCACGCCCUGGGGUCACCGGGAAGGGCAAGCCCCGCCAGACCAAGGCCAAGUCCAUGAGAUGCAGGGACAGAGCAUCAGGGUCAGUGACGGUCGCUGCUGCAAGUACUAGACUUGAGCCCAGGUCCAUGUCACUCCUGCUCUUCGUACAGACCUGUGCUGCCCGCCCUCCCGCAGCCACACUGGCUCACAUGCUCCUAAGGAAGCGACCUCACGGCUUGACUCGGUUUCCCCCACUUGAGUAACAACCCUGAGGUUGUGAUCAGAUUCGUGGCCCGUAUACUAGAGCGUGUGCUCAGAGACAGCGUGUGUCCACUCAGACCUGUGUCGUGGCCCAGAGUGUGGCCUCAGGGAGCACUGCCUUUGAGCCGACCACAGGAAUGUCCCGUGCCGCGUGACUGCUCCCAAAGUUGGGCUGCGGGCUCGGUGCCUCCCGGUCUCCUCCCCGCUGUCCGCUCGUCCUAGUACAGUUGAGAAGGGUCCAAAAUGUGCAGCAGCAACUGUGGGCGCGUGGGCCCCAGCUAUGGUGUCUGCCGCCCACGCGGUGGGUCUAGACACUCUGGUACAAGGCGCCUAAGUGUCGGUGCCCUGGGGCCUCCUGGUGAUCCCCAGUGGCCUUAAGAAACCACCUUCUGUCCCUGGUCUCGGUGCUUCCGAGGUCUGACAGCCGCCCCCGUGCGCCCUCGCCUCCGAAGUGUGCGUCUCACAGGCCGCUGUGCCGGGUCUUGUCUUGGGGGUAUGACAAAUUCAGCCUUUUUUUUUUUUUAAGAUUUUAUUAGUGAGAGUGUGGGCAAGAGGGCGCACAG